AUGACCCUAGUCUCGAAUAGUCCCAACAUGCGGCCGUAUAUCGAAUUUGAUCUCAUGGAAAGCUAUUAUGUAGUAAUUGGUUCCACAGUUGCAUCCACAGUUGUGGUGAUAUACGAUUGGGCUCUGACAUUCGAACGAGAGGUUGAACUAGUCUGGUUGCGCUAUGGUGGAAUAAUAUACGCUGUCCUCGAUAUGCCGGCAAAUAUCCCGACAGUCUACGUGACAGAUGGUGGGCGAGUGACAUUCUCGAUAUUUUUGAUCGAAUGCAUUUUUUUCAAUUUCGAACAAUGGUGUAUAUUUACCAUCGCAAACAUCAUCCUGGGCGUGAUCAUGAUUACUCGGUUGCAUGCCAUGUAUCAGCGAUCGAGAAAGAUGCUCAUCUUUCUUGUUGUAUUCUUCCUUACCGUGACGAUCACCAGCGGAGUAAUUACGGUAAUACGAAGUAUACAUCUUACAGGAGAGGAGCUCGUCCUCUCUGGUGCUUAUCAGUGCAGUUACGAGGGAGAUAGCUUCCUUUUAUCAGCCAUCACUUGGAUACUCGGCACUGUAUGGGAAGCUCUCGUGUUGUAUCUUUCCGUCCGUAUUGCUAUCAAGCAUUUCCGCGAACGACCAUCGACAGGAUUGAUUAUUGAGGACUGUUUCACGGUGUUAAUAAAAAGUCACGUAUUUUACUUUGCAAGCUUUGUUGCCGUUGCUGCCCUCUACAUGAGCUUGCUCUCUCCAAAUCUCCGGAACGGAAUUUCCGCGGAAGAUGCGCUUUAUCAUGGGGUUGUGCUACUUUCCUCGCUCUUGCAGAUGUUUUUGCUGGGACCGCGUCUCAUCCUCAGCGUUCGAGAACAUAGCACUAGACUUGUGGACGACUCCGACGGAGCAACUGCCAUGACUACGAUUGCAUUCCAGGAGCGCACACCCGUGUCGACUAAUAGCGAUGUGUAG